AUGAAUCCCUGGUUCUGGUCCAUCGAGGUUGACAUGCAUGGUCCGGAUCAAUCAUGGAAUGAGGAAUGUGAGUUCCCUAAUGCUCAACACAUCCGACUUCACUGGCUCCGGGCAAAGGCACUACGGGAUCGAUGGAAGGAAGAGCUGAUGUUGGUCCAAUUCGAGAUGGAUUGGACAUGUAACUUUUUCUUGUGGAAAGCAACCCAAUGGGGCGACCGGAUGCAGGAAUCAUUCACGAAACGACUUCCAGGUCAUGCAUGCUACUCCGGAAGGCAAUCCCGAAUGUAUUCAUUGCUGGCGCAGGAUGCCCAGGCAGCAUUUCAACACCUGCAGACCAUUUUGAUAGAUUCCCGAGAUGAAUGA